GAGACUGCGAGGAAUUAAAGGACUACCCUCUUCGAUUUGAACCUCUCUCGAAAUACAAGUUUUAAUCACUCCACGAGAAUGAAUCUACGACUCUCCGGUCGGGAGGCUGUGAAACAGAACGGGGUCGGGGAGAAAGUAGAUGGCUGAGGAAAGCGUUUGGCUGCUGGGUGCUGGGCUGGGGAGAUGUUCCGAACAGCCAUCAUGAUGGCUGCCAGCCUGGCCUUGACCUCUGCAGUGGUGGCACACGCCUAUUAUCUUAAGCACCAGUUCUACCCGACGGUGGUGUACCUGACGAAGUCCAGUCCCAGCAUGGCGGUGCUGUACAUUCAAGCUUUUGUCCUGGUGUUCCUGUUAGGCAAAUUCAUGGGCAAAGUGUUUUUCGGACAGCUCCGAGCAGCGGAAAUGGAGCAUCUGCUUGAGCGGUCAUGGUAUGCAGUGACCGAGACCUGCCUUGCCUUCACAGUCUUCAGGGAUGACUUCAGCCCCCGUUUUGUGGCCCUCUUCACUCUCCUCCUCUUCCUCAAGUGCUUCCACUGGCUGGCUGAGGACCGUGUGGACUUUAUGGAGAGGAGCCCAAACAUUUCCUGGCUCUUCCAUUUUCGCAUUGUCUCUCUGAUGCUGCUCCUGGGCAUUCUGGAUUUCCUGUUUGUCAGCCAUGCCUACCACAGCAUCCUCACACGGGGAGCCUCCGUCCAGCUGGUCUUUGGCUUUGAGUAUGCUAUCCUCAUGACGAUGGUGCUCACCAUCUUCAUCAAAUACAUCCUGCACUCCAUCGACCUCCAGAGCGAGAACCCUUGGGACAACAAGGCCGUCUACAUGCUCUAUACAGAGCUCUUCACAGGAUUCAUCAAGGUCCUCUUGUACAUGGCCUUCAUGACCAUCAUGAUCAAAGUGCACACCUUCCCACUGUUUGCCAUCCGACCCAUGUACCUGGCUAUGAGGCAGUUCAAGAAAGCUGUGACAGAUGCAAUCAUGUCCCGCCGAGCUAUUCGCAACAUGAACACCUUGUACCCUGAUGCCACUCCAGAAGAACUGCAGGCCAUGGACAACGUGUGCAUUAUCUGCCGGGAGGAGAUGGUAAUGGGUGCAAAACGCCUGCCUUGCAACCAUAUAUUCCACACCAGCUGCCUGCGGUCCUGGUUCCAGCGCCAGCAGACCUGUCCCACGUGCCGGAUGGACGUCCUCCGAGCCUCCCUCCCCACUCAGUCGCAGACGCCCCCUGAGCAACAGGAGGGAGGGCAGCAGCAGCCGCAGCAGCAUCAGACUCCACUGAUCCCUCAGCCGCCAAACUUUCCCCAAGGCAUCCUGGCCCCUUUCCCCCCAGGGAUGUUCCCGCUGUGGCCGCCCAUGGCCCCCUUCCCUCCAGUGCCUGGCGUCCAGCCACCCAACAACGCAGACAAUGCUUCAGCAGCCGCUCCCUCCACCUCAGGAACACAAACGUCGGCAGGCGCCUCGAGGCCCAGCGGCGAUUCAGCAUCCGGAUCAGACACCGCGGCCCCUGCAGGGACGGUGCCUGGUUUCGCCUUCCCUCCGCCUUGGAUGGGGAUGCCGUUCCCACCUCUCUUUGGUUUCCCUCCGAUGCCGGUACCACCAUCUGGGUUUGCUGGGCUGACAGAGGAAGAGCUGCGGGCCAUGGAAGGCCAUGAGCGGCAGCAUUUGGAAGCCCGUCUCCAGUGCCUGCAGAACAUCCACACACUCCUUGACGCUGCCAUGCUGCAGAUCAACCAGUAUCUCACUGUGUUGGCAACGAUCGGGACGCCCCGAACUGCACAGCCACCAAGUGCCCCAGCCGCUUCAGCUCCCCCUUCGGAGACCCCCAGCCCUGUACCUGGCACAAGUGAACCCACCACCACUUUCCAGUCUGCAGACAGCACCUCUUCACCAGCAGAAGAAACAGACGCGGCAGGUCAAGCAGAUCUGUCCCCAGCAGCAGCAGCCAGUGCCAAGGGCUACACAGAGCCAUCUGGCCAGGAGCAGGAUGGAGCUCAAUCUUCCCCAGAGGAACCAGACACUGCAGAGCUGCGCAGGCGCCGACUUCAAAAACUGGAAUUUCCUUCUUCCUCCUCCCAUUGAUGUCCCUGCUGCCCCCUCCCAGCCUGUGCUAUUUCUUUCCCUUUUCCAAAAAAAAGAAAAAAAGACGAAGAAAAGCAACAUGUGGUGAGAGAAAGGAGACCUGGAUGCCUUUUACUUGCGCUACUGAGCGCUGAUGUGAUACACGGCCGCCUCUGGGGAGGGGGGGGGCGCACACUUUUCUGCAGGACCGGAGAGGGUGGGAGGGGGACGCGCCUCCAAAACUUGACUCUGCCUUGAUUUCUAACUCUUAAAACAAAGCGACUGCCCAUCCUACAACAUAGACCAGUCUUACUCUGACCCCCUCACAGAAGGACAGCAAUGCCUCUAGUUCCCAAGUCUGUCUCGUCUCAGCCAGACGGACUCUUACUCCACGGGAGCAGCCUCAGGAAGGCCCCCCUUCCCUUUUGCACACCAUCUCCUGGCUGAAAGUGUUUCCCCAUCAACAGUUUUGGAGGGUGGCUUCUCCUGCGGGCAGUUUGUUUUUGUUUGUUUAGUUCUCCAUUUCUGAUUCUGUGACGGGAUUUUUAGGUGGGUUCUUUGCUGGAUAUUUCUGAGCAAAGCAGCCUUUUCGAUUUUGGGGAGGGGGGGGUGGAGGCCAACUGGAUGGAACAUAUGCUUGACAUUUUUGUAGAUGCUUUUUCACAGUAGCUGUUUUAAGGCCACAGCUUCCCACCGCAAGGUCUUUUUUUACCCUCCCAAACAAACA